UCCAAGUUGCAGAUCUCUAUACACGCUACAAACUAAGCUAGCCUCUUCUUCUGGAGUGGAGCACUCAGAGCAGAGCAGGGAGAGAGAGAGAAGGCAAUGAGGUUCGGGACGCUGGAGCUGGCGGUGGUGCUAAUGUGCGCCGUGGUGCUGAUGUUGCCGGAGGUGUCGGCCACGCGGUGGACCGUCGGAGGGAACCAGGGCUGGAGCACCAACGUCAACUACACGGUCUGGGCCAAGGACAAGCACUUCUACAAUGGCGACUGGCUCUUUUUUGUGUAUGAUAGGAACCAGAUGAAUGUGUUGGAGGUAAAUGAGACAAACUAUGAGUCAUGCAAUUCCGAUCAUCCGCUUCACAAUUGGACUAGAGGUGCUGGAAGGGAUGUUGUUCCUCUUAACGUCACCCGGAAAUAUUAUUUCCUCAGUGGCAAGGGGUUCUGCUAUAGUGGAAUGAAGAUAGCUAUCAAUGUUGAAAACCCACCGCCCCCUCCCUCAGCUUCACCAAUAAAAGAAUCGAACGACUCUCCAAGUUCUAAUUACAGAGGCCAGAUUGUCGUACCAGCUGUUUUUGCCAUUGCCGCAGUGUGGGACUCAUUCCUCCGUCUCUACUGGUAACAGAUGGAUACCCGAAUUGCCUCAAGGUAAUCAUCUGUCAAAAAAAAAGAGUUGUGCUCCACUUUAUUUAUUUAUUUAUAUCUUUUGGGAGUUGAUUUGUGUGGUUGUAGUUUGACCUGCGAAAGGGUAAUCUUUAUGAUGAAAGCCUAGAGUGUUUGAAUUUUGAAAUGUAUGAGUAGUUGACAACAAAUCAAGAAUUGGAAGGCGUGAAAUGCGGAAUUAUGAAGUGUUUAGGUGAAAUGAAUGAAGCUAUCAUCUAUGGGGGGGCUUAGGGCUGAGACCCAUGUGAUUUGCUUCUAUUAUUUAUGAGAAAAUGACCCACUAAACCAUGUGGGUGACGUCUGUUUGUGAGGAAAUGCGCUUUUCUUGGUAAGUAGAUGGGAUUGUAUUUUAAAAGAGGGUAGAGGUUCAGGUGAAAAGUUGUUUGUUUCAUAAA